AUGGAGCUAAGGAAAGAAGAGAUGGGGCAGGGAGAAGGGUCAAAGAAAAGAUCGGGGACAAAACAAAGGCGGAAGAUCGGGUGGGAAAGAGAGGAGAGCGGAGGCAGAAAGAAGGGCGUUGGGGAGCAGCGCUUUGGAGUGGAAGAGAAGCUGGUGGACGGCCUGGCGCGCCGCCUCGGCGGCGGCCCGGCGGGCGGCGGCGGCGGGGGCGCGGCGGGCGGCCAGCCCUGGUUCGGGUGCCGCCAGUGCCACGGCUUCCUGCACGAGCCCGUCUCGCUGCCGUGCGGACACACGUUCUGCAAGGCGUGCCUGGAGGGGCCGCGGGCCCGGGCGGCGCUCUGCAGCCUCUGCCCGGCGGCGGGCUCCGCGGGCGCGCGGCCGCGGCUCCGGGUCAACGUCGUGCUGAGCGGCCUGCUGGCGAAGUGGUUCCCCGAGCGGGUGAAGGCGUCGCGGCUCCGGCACGAGGGGACCCUCUUGUACAAGGAGGGGAAGCUGCAGGCCGCCCUUCAGCGCUACGACGAAGCGGUCCGCUUAGCUCCCAAUGAUCAUUUGUUGUAUAGCAACCGGUCCCAGAUUAAUUCAGCUUUGAAAUAUUGCAAAGAGGCACUGAGUGAUGCAGAAAUAGCCUGUAAGCUCCAGCCGUACUGGGUCAAGGGCCACCUUCGGAAGGGACAAGCGCUGGCUAACCUGGGGAAAGCAGAAGAAGCUUUACACGAGUUUUUAUUCUGCCUCACUUUGGAUAGUGGAAAUAGAAUGGCCAAACUGGAGGCUCAGAGGCUUCUACUUAAUAUAUUUUCGCAUAUACCGGGGAAUGCUCAGGAAAACUUGCACAGCGUCUUGCUGCUGUCGUCCCAUCACUCCGGAUUAAAAGGGAACCUUUCAAGUUCAGUGGCUUCUGGGGCCACCAGCCAAAGCCUGCAGAGUUUGCUCAAGGCAAAUGUGGAGCAAGAAAAGAGUCUCAUUCCCCAUGAGGAUCAGAAAGCGAAAGACUGUGGCAGCUCUGGAAAACCUGUCCAAGGGACAGAGGGCCGGAAAGGAAACCUGGAUGAGAACACACAUACCGCCUCAACAACAAAGUCUGCCAUUCUUAUUUCUGAGAAUUGUAGGAUUCUAAAGAGAAAGCUUGACUCAGAAGUCUCAAACACUGACCGGUCAACCAAAGUUAUGAAAACAGAUACAACCGACACUAAAGGGUCCAGUGCUGGAAACGGUGUUUUGUUUGAAUUCGUGGAUCCAUCUGACCUGGAAUGCUCGCUGUGCAUGAGGCUCUUCUAUGAACCUGUCACCACUCCUUGUGGACACACUUUCUGCCUGAAAUGCCUCGAAAGGUGCCUGGAUCACAACCCAAAAUGUCCCCUGUGCAAGGAGGAACUGUCAGAGUGCUUGGCCUUGAGAAAACACUGUAAGACGGUGCUCAUGGAGGAACUGAUCGCAAAGUACCUUCCUGAGGAGCUCAUGGAGCGGAGAAAGCUUUAUGAAGAGGAAAUCGCGGAACUUUCCAACUUGAAUAAGAGCGUUCCCAUAUUCAUCUGCACCAUGGCCUACCCCACUGUCCCGUGCCCGCUGCACAUCUUCGAGCCGUGCUACCGACUGAUGAUCCGCAGGUGCAUGGAGACAGGCACCAAGCAGUUUGGGAUGUGCCUUGGAGACCCUGUCAAAGGUUUUGCAGAUUAUGGCUGUAUGCUGGAGAUCAGGAACGUUGAGUUCUUCGCCGACGGGCGAUCUGUAGUUGACAGCAUCGGCAAGAGGAGGUUCAAAGUGAUCCAGCACAGCCAACGCGAUGGAUACAACACGGCAGACAUCGAGUACAUAGAAGAUCAGGUGGUACAAGGGGAAGAAUACACCAAGUUGACUAUGCUCCACGAUUCUGUGUACAAUCAGGCUUGCCUGUGGUUUGAUUCUCUCCAGCCAGCCCUCAAAAGCCGUAUCCUCAGUCAUUUUGGGCCAAUGCCUGCCAAGGACUCAGACCCACAGGCGAGCCCCAAUGGCCCUGCCUGGGGAUGGUGGAUACUGGCUGUCCUACCUCUUGAGAGCAGAGCUCAGCUCCCGUUCCUUGCCAUGACGUCCUUGAAAGACCGGCUCAACGGCAUCAGGCGCAUCCUAACCUUCAUGUCCCGGGCAAAAGCGCGAUGAUGCCCUGAGGAGUCCUGUGAAUCCUCUUGCAAUACUUGAAUGCAUCUCAGCUAACUGUGGCCUCUUCUGUACACUGAGACCUUUCAAGCUUCUCUUGCACACGCUAAUUCCAAGCAUCGGCUGGUCGGGCAGAAGAGACCGCAUGCGUCUGAGAAGAGCUGCUUGCAACGCAUGUGGCCGUUCUGGCCACCAUGGGUUUUGCACCCUCCAUGCCAGUUGAAGAAAGAGAAUUGUGGAAUUGUGUUUUAAAGAGAAGCCUUUUGCAGAAAGAAGGGGUUCCAGCAGGCGUGCAUGGCAAAACUAUGAUCUUCAGUGGGUACCAUGCAAUGCAUUCCCCAGCAUGUUUACCCGGAAAUAAGUCCACGGUGUGCCACGAGGCUUAACUUCUGUACGACAAGGACACUUAGAGUAGGAUGUAAGCCUUAAUGUUCUUGAGCUGGACUCUCCGUUUCUGCACUGUUUAUUGAAUGACCGAAGAGUCUGCAAAGUGAAGAUGCUCACUUUUGUGCGUAUAAAAGCAAGAGUGGAUAUACAGCGAAAGUGAACAAAACUUGUUUGCCAUAAAUCUUUUUUUCAAGGGGGCGUUAGCCAUUUGUAUUUUAUUAUUUUAGCUGCAUUGAAAUUGGCCUGGGUUAAUGUGAAGCCGAAAUACUAACUAUUUUGCUGUGUUCUUUCAGUGACUUGGUCAGGUCUAAUUCCAAAGGGAUUAGGUUUGUUUUUAGGUUUUUAAAUGCACCUGUACAUAGCAGUGUUCACAAAGAUUUCCUGGAUAAUUUGUUUGGCUCCAACCUUUUCUGGAGCCCUAACAGCUUUUCCACAUACUGCCAUUCUUUCGUCGAUAUUUCAAAGAUGUGUCUGGGGAAUGUGCCACAGCAUCCUUUUCCCUUCCUUAAAAAGCCCAAACCGUUUGGUUGUGAAGGUUAGAACAUUUAUUUUUGCAUUCAGGAACCCAGUUGCGAUUCGUUCAACAACUGCCUUGGCUUUAUCUGCAGCUGGGAUUUGGAGUAUGAUGGUGGGUGGAGGGCAUUGGAGUUAAACACAUAUUAAGGGCACCCGGGUGGGGAAGAGUGGCUUAUGUAUAUUUCUGAAGUUCAGACAAGAGCAGCGCAUUUUAAAGUUCUGCUCAGCAUGUGCAUUGCAGGUCUGUGUGCUGGAGUGCAACUGUGAAUUGUGCUGGAGGAAUGGGCAGACUUCAAGGCUCGGGGAACUACUUUGGUUUUUUAAAUUAACUUCAUCCAGUAUGGAUUUCGAGCCUAGCAUUGUUUGCUUGUGGGGACAUUUUAUGACCCCAGACAAAACUGCCUCAGGCAAGGCAAAUCCUGCCUAGGAAAGGACAUUGUUUGACUGAAUGUUUCCCCCAGGAGGUAUCAGCAUAAAAAUGAAUUUCAAGUUUAAUAUAGGAUAGGUAAUUUAACAGUUCACCUUUCCUGAGGCUAUGCAGGAUUAAUAAUCCUUCAUAAAUUGCUUGGCCUGUUUAUCAUUAAUCUAUAUUAAAAUUGUUUGGCCUACAGACUUCAGACCAGCAUAAACAUGCUUUCCUUCCAUGAAUCUUGAUUUUACUUGCUGAACAUUUUAGCUCAAACCCUUGGCUUUUUUCCUGCUGAGAUUACCUGUAAUUAACCUCUUUAGUGCCUCAAAGUGUGUCCUCCUUGUGCAAAUUUUGGGCAUUUUGUACUCCAGGGAUGUUUUCAUUUAUGGAAAGAAAACAAGAAAAGGCAGGGGGCUGAGAUAUUUUACCAGCCUGAAUUUGGCAGUGUCCUAGAAGGACUGGAGUUGUAUACCUACUUGUGUACAUUGCAUGGCAAAAUAGGAGCUUGGGGUCAUCCAGGCACCCAGUGGUGCAGGAUGGAGGCUAGAAGCCCUGAGAUUCACCAACGGGAGAGAAAUACCAGCUCCAGAGAGAGAAUAUACGCUAAGGGAGUUGCAAAUUGACUUGUUAUUUAUUUAAAGCAAGGCUAAAUAACAUGUGCUUCUUUUUUGUAACAGUGUGAGGCAGCAAAUAGAGCCAUUCUCACCUGGGAUAUUGCAGUACCGCAAUAUUAGAUCUUUGUCUGUGCAUGCCUGUGUUUUCUGCUCUUUUGUUCAUGAAUGCCAGACAACACUUAUUAGAAAACAUGCUGUAGAGUUCAAAGGGAAAUUUUUAAAACCUCCUUAUAAACUGAUCCCAUCCAUGUAAUACAACUUCUAUAUGUAAAUAGUAGGGAAAAAGGCUCCAGAGAGGUCUGUAAUAACAUUAACAGCUUCAUGUAAAACUCUUAAGCCAGUUCACUGUUUACUUUUAACUUGUUAAUAUAAAGAAGAUGUCAGAUUAUGCACAGUUUUUCUGUAACAGCUCUACAAAGGCAGAUGUCUUCCUAUUUGUAUUUCCAGGCAAGCUAUUCUUAAAUUCUCAGAAAUAUACCUAAAUUGAUGGUGAGAGGAGCAAAUUAUGUUGGGAGGAUGCAAAAGUGAACAGGACUCAUGCACUGCAUCCUUAAUUGGGAGUGUCAGAAAGGAAAUUCAGCAGGUGAAGCUUUCAUGACAAAUUUCCUGUCGUCUCCACCUGACGCAUGCUGAAAAUCAGUCCCUUAAAACAAAGUUCAGUCUCUUUAACAUUUGCAUCCAGUCUGAUCGCAUUGCCGGAUAAAAUUAAAAGUUAAACCACUAACACAGAGCUAUAUCUUACAAGGGAGAUGUAGAACUCGGCGUUUUUUUAUUACAGAUUUGGGUAUUUUUUAAUUUUAGAAAUCUGUUACUUUUCCACGAGGAGUGCACAGGGCAGGAGUACUGGGCACAGUUCUAGUCAGUGCACCUUAUAAAAGAUACGAUAGAGUUGGGAAAAGUGCAGGAAAGGACAGCUAAAACGAUCGAGGGGUUGGAGCCCUUUCCAGUGAGCUGAGAUUGUUUAGCUUAGAGAAAAAGUUGCGUGAGGGGAGGCAUGAGAGAGGUGGACAGAAUUGCGCAUGGAGGGGCAAAAGUGGAGCCAUUUUUCUCCCUCCCAUAAUGCUUCAGGCUUUCCACGAAGGCCAUCGGGAGAUUCAGGGCAGGUCAAGAUGCAACUGGACAGCCAUCUGAGAGGGGUGGCUGAACUUGCGGUCCUGCGCUGAGCAGGGGAUCGGACCUGAUGGCCUUCUGGCCCCGUCCCAUGCUGCUGUUCUAUGAAGGGGACAGCACUUUGCCCAAGUAUGGCAUUCAGCUUCCGUGAGAUGCAGUGCUGGCCACCAAUUUGGGUGGCUUUAAACAAGAAUGGCUGGUAGUCCUGAUGGCUGUGUGCUCCUGCAGGUGGCAGAGGCAGUCUGCCUGUGUACACCAGUCGUUGCGAUCUUGUCCUGCGUGUGGGAUCCUGCAGGCAGUUUGUUGGUCACUCGGUGGACAGAAUGCAGGACUGGAUGGCCGUGUCGUCUGGCCAGUGAUGCUCUUCUUCUGUUCUAAAAGCUGGCACAGUUAAACCAGUGGCUCACCUUCCUUAACUGGGUAUCCGACCAAUCCAAUGAUAUGCAGCUGUGGAUGCUGAGUGGGCAGGAUACCUGCAGGGUGUCCCAGAAUGCUUUGCAAACGAACUUCCGGAGACUGUCAGACUAGGACAAGUCUUGGCAGAGCAGCUAUCCAUUUUUCUGAAGUAAAUAUUUUGCAAAAUAUGUGUGUUUACUGAGUUGUCCAAGCUAGGGUGGGGUAGAAAGCAACCUUGUCUUCUAGUGGACAUUCAGUGGAUGAAACACCAGAAGGGUUGUAUCAUUCUCUCCCAUAACUUCAUUCUCAAAUUGCACCUAAUCUGCAAAUUUUCAUAAUGUGAAUGAGCUAACUCUGCACUGAAGUGCCUGUAUUCCGUCAUUGGUUGCCAUUCAUGAGCUUUCAGACUUCAUGAGCCAUAUACUUUCUCUUCUGGAAAAAGCCUUUUAAAAAAGUUAUUGAAGCUAAAAUGUGAGAAUCAGAAAAAAAAAGUUUACAUAGCAGCAGUGUAGCAAAAACCAUGUCAUACCUUUCUUCAUGUUUUCUGGCAAGACUUUAGCCAAAGCUACAUGUGCAGAGGAAUAAGGGAGUGGGGUUCUGAAGUACAUUGUACCAGUUGCGAACGUUCUCCCAUAUUUACAAACAAAGAAACACAACUCCCCUGCAAGGAGGCAAUUCAUGUAUCAGAUUUGAGUCUAUCUGCUUUCUGCUGUGUUAAUUUUCUACCUGCAAUGUGGUUUUGACCACAAGGGGACAUGCAAAAGGGACAUCCUACCUGAACCUAGUAAUAAUAUAAUCCAGCCAGACCUUCUCCAGGUGUGUUAGGCUCCAGCUACCAUCAUUCCUGGCCAGCUGUGGAUGAUGGGGAUUGUAGUCCAACACAUCUGGGCGGGGGGGCAUCAAGCUAGGGACAGCUGCUGUGUUCUACUCUGCUUUUAUGCUACUCAGCCGCCUCAUUUCUCUGCAUUCAUCCACGAGGCCGACAUCAAUGUGGCUGUUGGAAGGGGCGCACAGCACUGCUCUUUGGUGACUCCAUUAAACAGUAAUCUUUCUAAUGCCAGAAAUCAAGCCAUAUCAAGGCAUCCUACCUUUUGUGGGGCUUGGAUAAUUCCAUCUCUUUGUACAGCAUAGUUAGAGGGGAAAAACAAAACUCUUGCACUAUGACGAACUUGAAGUGAAAAUAAGCUUAAACUCUUAUCAUGGUUCAGCUACCUCUUUCUGUAAAAUAGAUUUAUUAUUUUUCACUUUGUUCAGCUCUGUUAUGUUUGAGAUGUAUUUCUGAGUCUAUUAAAACCUGCAUUAGGAUGUAUUAAUAAUAGUAUUUGCAUCAAUGCUUUAUGUAUUUAGUGGUUUGGUGAUUAAACUUGAUUUAUAUUGUCUCUCUA